AUGGAGAUAUGGGCAUUUUUGAUUGCUCUGCUGGUGGUUCUUCUGAUUAUGCUCUACCUGAAACAGCUCCAGUCAAAUAGGCAUUACCCUCCAGGACCUCUCCAGCUUCCUCUCAUUGGAGCCAUAUGGUUGUUUGGAUUCAAGAUUCAUGAAAAUGCUCUCAUUCAGCUGGGAAAGCAAUAUGGAAAUAUUUUCACCAUAUGGGUAGGACAUGUACCCAUUGUAGUACUGUCUGGAUUCCAAGCAGUGAAAGAAGCGCUCACUGACUACUCAGAAGAAUUAGACGAGCGGCCACAGUCUCCUUUCCUCCUAUCUUUGACAAAAGGAAAGGGCAUUGCAUUAUCAAAUGGUCACACCUGGAGGCAACAGAGAAAGUUUGGUGUAAUUACUAUGCGGAAGCUGGGCCUGGGGAAGAAAGGCAUGGAGCACCAAGUAGCAGAGGAGGCCCAUCAUCUCGUGGAGGUUUUUGCACGUUCAAAGGGACAACCACUUGACCCCUCCAUGCCAAUCAGUAAUUCAGUCUCCAACGUCAUAUGUGCUGUGGUUUUUGGGCACCGGUUUGAUCUUGAAGAUGAAAGGUUCCAGAAGCUGAUGGAAGCCAUGGAUUUUAUCCUAACAUCUUUAUAUGGCUUUGUUCAUGCUCUUUAUGAAACGCUCCCAUGGCUCAUGAAACAUCUUCCAGGGCCCCACAAGAAGGCCUUGUCCUAUGCAGACAUUAUGCGUUCAUUUGCAAAGGAGGAGAUAGAGAAGCAUAAAGAGAAUCAGUCUCUGCAUGAGCCACAGGAUCUCAUUGAUUACUAUCUACUUCAGAUGGAGAAAAGCAGGAAUGACCCAGAGUCCACCUAUGAUGAAGAGAAUAUGGCUCAGUGUAUUUCUGAGCUCUUCAUAGCAGGGUCGGACACAACCACCGGUUCUCUGAAAUGGGCACUUUUCCUCCUGGCAAGUCAUCCAGAUAUCCAAGAUAAAAUGCACAAGGAAAUCGAAGAUGUCAUAGGUUCUGCUCACUCAAUCUGCUAUCAAGAUAAGAAGAAACUGCCCUACACCAAUGCUGUGAUUCAUGAAAUGCAGCGCUUUAAAUAUAUCAGUUUUUUUGGGGUCCCUAGGCAAUGUACAAAGGAUUUGAAGCUGUGUGGUUUUCUCAUUCCCAAGGGGACUAUUAUUGUUCCUGAUCUGCGCUCUGUUCUUCUUGAUCCAACACGAUGGGAGACACCUUCAGAGUUCAACCCAAAUCAUUUUUUGGACAAGGAUGGACAAUUCGUGAACAGAGAAGAAUAUCUGCCAUUUGGUGCAGGGGCUCGUGUUUGUUUGGGAAUGCAGCAGGCAAAGAUUGAAAUAUUCAUCUUCCUGACCAGCCUGCUAAGGACAUUUAGCUUCCAGCUGCCAGAAGGAGUCAAAGAACUCAAUCAAGAGGCUAUAAUAGGGACUAAUGUACAUCCCCAUCCUUAUAAACUCUGUGCAGUUCCCCGUUGCAAAACAUAA